CGGAAAUCAAAGGAACUAAGGAAAGACUAUAAGUUUCGAGGUUAUGUUUUGACCACAUUUAUUUUUUUUCUUUGCUAUGGCAAACAGAAACAUUGACGAAUCAAUCAGAAAGCCUCGGAGAACUAAAGGGACCCCUUUUUACGUUCAGAGAAAUUACUAUGCAGGUGGCAUUAUAGCAACCGGGGGUCUGUUCUGGUUACUCUUUGAAUUGUGGCCCGAAGCCAAGAAGCUUAGGAAAAAUCAACUAGAAGAAGGCAAGUUUAACGACAGUCUUGAAACCCAGCGACGCUUUAACGCUACUAGCCUUGUAACAAAAGCGGGCUAUUUAGAAUUGUUUAGUGGAUUGAAAAGUAGAGAAGACGCAAAAGAAGAUGAGCUCUACAGGGACAAAACGAAGCCGCAGCCGUGGUACACAAAAUUCAACUCGAAGCCAGACGUCUAAAGCUGUUAAUCAUAGUUUUAUUAGCGCUACAAAAACGGGGAAGAUUUCGAAAUAUUUCGCUAAAGUCACUAAAGACAAUUCCGACGAAUCUGAAAGUUCAUGUAGCUUGUCAGAAUCUCCUUACAAAAACUGUUUAAGUGAAGUGAAAAAUGUGAAACUCGACGACUCCGCGGGUGAUUUAGACGAUUUUAAGACUCCCAGAGCGAUCAAUAAAGUGUCAAAAAUAGUUAACGCGAAACCACCGUGUAAAAAUGUUAAAAAACGCAAGAAAACACAAGUGCCUCUUACAAAAUUUGUUAAAGAUAAUUUCAGACAUAUUGACGUCAAUGUGGACCACCUUCAGAUGGCUUUGGCUCUCUCAAAGUCCUCCUACGAAGCUGAAAAUCCCGAUCGGACCCCCAGCUCACAAGAAAAAAAGGAUUCGUUUAGAGAAGCCUUUGAGAAAUUUGGGUUUGGAUAUAAUAAAAACAGGAUUUCAGUAGAGCAAAAGAAAGAAAAACUAGAUACAGUCAAAAAGAAUAAAAAAUCACGCUACAGAUAUGUAACCCCAAUCCUCAAACUUCGUACUAAAGAGGAACGAGAAUCAUUAAUUUCGUCAAAAGUUUCACUGAUUUUGGCUCAAAAUCAACGAAUGUGUUUGUCGAUAGUACAAAAAGAACAUGAAUUGUUUUCCCCCUUUCUUCAAAAAUUCACAAAAAGGAAAAUAUUUAUGAUAAACAACAUGGAGUUAGAGCAGUUAAACGUGAAGGGUCGCUUCUACGUACAAGGAUUUGAACCAAGUGCUAAAUCACUUUGUGGAUGCCUUUUGAAAGAUUGGAGGAGUAUCCCUGGUCGAGAGCCCACACCCGAGCGUGAAAAAGAUGCCAUAGGGGAUGAUAUUACAUCACCAAAUGUGCCAAAAUUUUUGCAAAGUUAUUUACAAAUCGGUAAAGAAAAUUUAGAACCAGAUCAAACCUCCCCGUUCAGAAUACAUUCUACACAACCAUCACCUUGGAACAGUUUAUGUGCACGUGGAAGUCCAAAUUUUAUUUGCGGCAGCUUGUCCUCAUAUGGAAGUAGGGAGGAAGAUAUAACUUUGGAGAAAAGAAACUCUCAAAUAAUAAACUUAAACAACUCCGACGAAAGUUCAAACGAAAAUAAAAACUCAGAAAGAGGAAUUUCCAUUGAUUGUGAAACCACCAAAGCGAAUUUUGGGGCUGUUUACGAUGAGGAAGUGACAUCUUAUGUACCAGAAUCAGACUCCUUUUUGACUGCUUGUGGAGAAAUUACUAGAAAAUCACGAUCGCCUGUUGUUGAACUUGUUGAUGUAAACAAUGGGGAAAAUUUCUCUAUGCAGAGAGAGGAUUACCCGAUUUCAAGUGAAAUCUUGCCAAACAUAAGCUGCGUAAUUUCUCCUGAUAAAGCCACUUCUUCUCCAAUAUGUUGUAGAGGGAAGUUGAAUUUUUCCGUUCAAAUACAUGACUCUCCUAAUCCAUGCCUAUCAUCACAGACUUCCGCCAAUCCCAGUUAUCAAGAUGCUAAGCAAUCUCGAGAUUGUAUUUCUCCCGACUUAUUCGAAUCCGAAGACUAUCAAGAACUUUCUCGAAAUAACGAAGAAAAAAUGGAAAGUGUUGAUUUGACAGAGUCUGAUAGUGAAGAAUGCACAGAUUUUCAUCUCAAUCUCAAUCUUUCUGCACCUAGGGACUCUCUUGACCAGAAUGUCACUAAAUAUGUAAACAAUUUAUUAACUACAAAUGAAACACCACCUCCACAAAAAUUAGAAAAAAUAUGCACCGUUGAUGAUAAUUCCCAACAAAAUAGUUGUAGUCAAGAAAGCAUUUACAUAAGCGACGAUGAAGUGAAUUAUUCAAGUGUGUUUAACACUCCCCUUCCAGAGAAAAAGGUGCAGUAUGAUAUUUCCGAUGACGAAGAGUUUGGUAUUUCAAAUAUGGAUCUGUCAUUGUCUGAACGAUUAAGACUUAAAAAUAGAAGUUACAGUACUCCCAAACUCUCUGAUUUGUCUGAAGCAGUUCCUUCAAAUGAAAUUUCCAACAACUAUAAUUCUUCCCCUUUAACUGCUUGUUCUCCUCAAAUUUCGUCGGCACUUGAAACUUUUAAUUCACCUCUUCAGCAAGUACCCACAAGCAAUAAAAGGACAGAGCUUGAAAAUUUUUUCACCCUUAAACAAGAAAUGGAAACAUUUGGCUCGAAACCGCCCAAAAGAAAUAAAACAUCCCCACCACGAAAAUUAGAAAAAAUAAGCACUAGUGAAGAUGAUUCGGAGCAAGAGAGUUGUAGUCAAGAAAGCAUCUCCAUAAGGGACGAUGAAGUGAAUUACUCAAGUGUAUAUGGCACUCCUCAUCUCAAAAGAAAUCUGCAAUGUGAUAGUUAUUCCGAUGACGAGGAAUUUGGUUUUCCAAAUAUGGAGCUAUCAUUGUCUGAACGAUUAAAACUUAAAAAUAGAAGUUAUAAUAGUCCCAAAAUUUCAGAAUUAUCUGAAGCAGGUCCUUCAAAUGAAAUUUCUAACCAUGAUGCCCCUUUGACGGCUUGUUCGCCUCAAAUGUCGUCUCCACAUGAAACUUUUAAUUCGCCUUUUCAACAAGUAUUCACAAACAAGAAAAGUGUCGAGCUUGAGGAUAGUUUCACUGAGAGACAAGAAAUGGAGACUCCAAAUAAAUCCUCUAUCAUAGUAAAAACUGAAAAUGUAACUCCAAUGGCCAAUUACGACGAAAUGAAUACUCCUCAAGUUUGUAAAGAAUUGGAUAAAUUUGGCCUGAAACCGCUCAAAAGAAGUAAAGGUGCUAAGCUAUUGAAAUAUAUUUAUGAAGCGACACAUCCAAUAGUUAAAGAUGAGGAUGGUAAAGUUGUGAAAAAAAGGCGUACUAAUCAAUUUGAAGAUAUUAUCAGUGAUGUAGGAGAAGAAGAGGAAUUAAUUUUUGAAAGGACUCAGUCAAAGCGAAUACUAUCAUGUAGAUUGCCUUUGCACAUAGCAUGGCACAAUUUGGUAAUGAGUAACCCCAAAAUUAGGGAAGAUAUAUUAUUGUAUGAGCCACUCCAAUUGGAAGAUGUACAUUUAAUGUUAAAGGAACAGGGUUACAAAUACAAUAUUAAGGACUUACUAACAUUUUUAGAUAAAAAAUGCAUAACAAUACGAACAGCGCAAGGUCAACGCAAUAUCGGAAAAAAACUAUGAUGGAGAUUAUUUAUAACUUUAAUUAAUUUUAGCAAAUUUACACAUUAAAGCUUUUUAAUUUUAA